AUGCACAGCUAUAGGAUCGUUCGGCUGCUGCUUGUACUGCUUGCUGCCGUCUGCAUAUUCGCAGAAAUCGAAGAGGCCGUCGACGACUCGAAGUACUUUAAUCCGUAUCUGAAAAAAGGCGGUCCACAAGGUCCAUUACGCUUUGGUAAACGACGUGGCCCAUCAGGUCCGCUACGUUUCGGCAAGCGAUCCGCGUACGACUAUCGAGCGCUGUUCGACCAACAACCCUACUACUUUGUGUAG